AUGCAACUCCAUUUUAAUACCACUGAUCUCUGGAGGGCUACCUGCAAAGGAGUCCAUAGAGCCUACUGUAUUUUAUUGAAGAAGAUGUCUAAUAGUAACACUACUCAAGAGACCUUGGAAAUAAUGAAAGAAUCAGAAAAAAAGCUGGUAGAAGAAUCUGUAAGCAAAAACAAGUUUAUAUCUAAGACUCCAAGUAAAGAAGAAAUUGAGAAAGAGAGUGAAGAAACCAGUUUCCGUCAGGAGACACAGAGGCGGACAUCCAACCAUGGUCAUGCCAGGAAAAGAGCCAAGUCUAAUUCCAAGCUCAAGUUGGUACGCAGCCUGGCAGUGUGUGAAGAGUCUUCUGCCCCAUUUGGUGACGGGCCACUAGAAACCCAGGAUAUAAUUCAGUUGCACAUCAGCUGCCCCUCUGACAAAGAGGAAGAAAAAUCCACAAAGGAUGUCUCUGAAAAGGAAGACAAGGACAAAAACAAAGAAAAGGUUCCAAGGAAGAUGCUGUCUAGAGACUCCAGCCAAGAAUAUACGGACUCCACUGGAAUAGACCUACAUGAAUUUCUUAUAAACACACUGAAAAAGAACCCAAGGGACAGAAUGAUGCUGCUAAAAUUAGAACAAGAGAUUCUGGAAUUUAUUAAUGACAACAAUAACCAGUUCAAGAAGUUCCCUCAGAUGACCUCAUAUCACCGGAUGCUAUUACACCGGGUAGCUGCCUAUUUUGGGAUGGACCACAAUGUUGAUCAAACUGGAAAAGCUGUUAUUAUCAACAAAACCAGUAACACAAGAAUCCCUGAACAGAGGUUCUCAGAACAUAUAAAGGAUGAGAAGAAUACAGAAUUUCAACAGAGAUUCAUUCUCAAGAGAGAUGAUGCCAGUAUGGACCGAGAUGAUAACCAGAUCAGAGUUCCAUUGCAGGAUGGAAGGAGGAGCAAGUCAAUAGAAGAGAGAGAGGAGGAAUAUCAAAGGGUCCGAGAGAGAAUAUUUGCCCGAGAGACUGGCCAGAACGGAUAUCUAAAUGACAUCAGGGGGAACCGUGAGGGGCUAAGCCGCACCUCAAGCAGCCGCCAGAGCAGCACAGACAGCGAACUCAAAUCCCUGGAGCCACGGCCUUGGAGCAGCACAGACUCUGAUGGCUCUGUUCGAAGCAUGCGGCCCCCUGUCACCAAAGCCAGCAGUUUCAGCGGGAUCUCUAUCCUCACCCGGGGUGACAGCAUUGGGAACAGUAAAGCUGGCAGUGCAGGAAGAAUCUCCAGGCCAGGUAUGGCUCUAGGUGCCCCAGAAGUGUGCAACCAAGUCACCUCAUCCCAGUCUGUCCGGAGCCUUCUCCCCUGUACUGCCCAGCAACAGCAGCAGCAACAGCAGCAGCAGCAGCUUCCUGCUCUCCCACCCACGUCUCAGCAACAGCCACCCUUGAAUAAUCACAUGAUCUCACAGGUAGAUGACCUCAGCAAUCCCUUUGGACAGAUGAGCCUUAACCGCCAAGGUUCUACUGAAGCAGCUGACCCAUCUGCAGCUCUGUUCCAGCCCUCACUUAUCUCCCAGCACUCUCAGCAGACUAGCUUCAUCAUGGCUUCCACAGGACAGCCCCUCCCCACUUCCAACUAUUCCACCUCUAGCCAUGCAACACCUACUCAGCAAGUCCUGCCACCCCAGGGCUAUAUGCAGCCUCCUCAGCAAAUCCAGGUUUCUUACUAUCCCCCUGGACAGUAUCCUAACUCCAACCAGCAAUAUCGACCUCUCUCUCACCCGGUGGCCUACAGCCCCCAACGUGGUCAACAGUUGCCUCAGCCAUCCCAACAGCCUGGUUUACAGCCCAUGAUGCCUAACCAGCAGCAGGCGACUUACCAAGGCAUGAUAGGGGUCCAGCAACCACAGAACCAGGGCCUGCUCAGCAACCAGAGGAGUGGCAUGGGGGGCCAGAUGCAAGGCCUGGUGGUUCAGUAUACUCCACUGCCUUCUUACCAAGUCCCAGUGGGUAAUGACUCACAAAAUGUAGUCCAGCCGCCUUUCCAGCAACCCAUGCUGGUCCCUGCAAGCCAGUCUGUGCAAGGGGGUCUCCCGGCAGGGGGUGUGCCAGUGUACUACAGCAUGAUCCCUGCGGCUCAGCAGAACGGUACAAGCCCUUCUGUGGGAUUUCUACAGCCUCCUGGCUCUGAGCAGUACCAGAUGCCUCAGUCUCCCUCUCCUUGCAGCCCACCACAGAUGCCACAGCAGUUCUCAGGAGUUUCACCUUCUGGACCAGGUGUGGUGGUCAUGCAGCUGAAUGUCCCUAAUGGACCCCAGUCUCCCCAGAACCCAUCCAUGGUCCAGUGGAGUCACUGUAAAUACUACAGCAUGGACCAGCGGGGGCAGAAACCUGGAGACCUGUACAACCCUGACAGUAGCCCGCAGGCCAACACACAAAUGAGUAGCAGCCCCGUCACGUCUCCUACCCAGUCUCCAGCACCCUCUCCUGUCACCGGCCUCAGCAGUGUCUGCACAGGACUCAGUCCCCUUCCCGUCCUUACACAGUUCCCCCGGCCCGGGGGUCCAGCACAAGGUGAUGGGCGCUACUCUCUCUUGGGCCAGCCAUUACAGUAUAAUCUGUCCAUCUGCCCUCCUUUGCUCCAUGGCCAGUCGACUUACACAGUGCACCAGGGACAGAGUGGAUUGAAGCAUGGAAACCGGAGUAAGAGACAAGCUCUCAAAUCUGCCUCCACUGACCUGGGGACAACGGAUGUCGUCCUGGGGCGGGUGCUGGAGGUGACAGAUCUUCCUGAGGGCAUCACUCGUACGGAGGCGGACAAACUCUUCACUCAGCUCGCCAUGUCCGGCGCCAAGAUCCAGUGGCUCAAGGAUGCUCGGAGGCUGCCUGCUGGGGGCGGGGGGGACAGUAGUGGGACUGCUGAGAAUGGUCGCCAUGCAGACCUUGCUGCCUUGUACACCAUUGUGGCUGUGUUUCCCAGCCCCCUGGCUGCCCAAAACGCCUCCCUUCGCCUCAACAACUCCGUGAGUCGCUUCAAACUUCGAAUGGCCAAAAAGAACUAUGACCUGAGGAUCCUGGAGCGAGCCAGCUCCCAAUAA